UUGGCUAGCUAAUCCUUAUUGUGGCUAACUUCACAUAAGUAUCAAUAUUGAGCUCCCCUGCAAACUUUGUCACUUGCUUGAAGUUGUAGCUACCACUAGCUAACAUUUAGGUGCUUGUUUAACGUUUUCCUUGCUGUCAAAGACUGGUAAACCGAUGUUUUUCUUCUACAGGAAGACAUUUUACAAUGGAUAGCUACUGCUAUCUCAAGCAACAAAAACGAGUCUAGGGACUGUGUAGCUGACUAGCUAGCUGGCUAAUGGUACGCAAUGAAACGCCCCGUUUGGUUUUUGUCGAGAUUUCCUAGAGAGAGAAACUCCUUCAAUUAGUAAAAUCAGACGAAGUAUUCAUAUACUGCUGUCUAAAACCAACCACUAUACACAGGUAACAGGUCUAAUUUAAUGUUCCGGGACUUUUUGCUUUUAUAAAGUAGUUUGGAUUGCUACACGCGGACCUGCAGAGCAACCAAUCGGAGGUCGUUCUUAAAGUGGAGAAGUGGGGAAAAACAGUCACCAACCCUGUUAAAGGAAGAAUGUUUUAAAAGUAAAAAGGAAAGGGUAGAACAAUUUACCCUGUGGAUCUCCUUGCCUUCCUUAGACUACUGUGGACGAACCAGUCACAGGACAGACUCACUGUGUUUAACAGUGUCUCUGUCUGGAUGCGGGGAGGUCCUUCAUGCCUCGACCAACUAUGCAGUGAGGGGGAGCUGGCGGUGUGACCCCUCUCACCAUGCUGGCUCUAAGUCGAGAGGAGGGGAGAAGAGAGGGGAAAGUUGGAGAGAGACAGGGCCAGACUUCUGUUGCCUGGCAGGCCUCCUCCUUAUCGCCAGGGGGGUCACAAACCCAUAAACCAGGUCUCAACAUAAAGCAUAAGAUCUCCCAGUGGGAAGGCCUCUGUCAGUCACACAGCAGUGGGCAAGCCGUUGGGGUCAAAGCGCAUGCACCGGUUGUAUCCCAAUGCCUUUUAGGAGAUGUAUUUGGUGAAGCAGUAUGUAAUGAUGGUAGAAGCAGACCUCACUGCAAAGACAAUCUCUCUAAAGCCAAAAGCCUGGGUUUGGAUUUCAGGGAAAACCUACAAGCACGGGUCAUACAUGCAGGCGUUGGUAGAAAGUCAGAUCUGCCUCAGAAUCUUUCCUGCUUUAGUAAGACUUCAGAUUCAAUACCCAAGUCCAAACCAUUCGGUGUGCCUUCGCAAGCACUUACAACAGACACUACAAAAAAAUUUCCAGUACAAAAUAUCAUCCCAACCAAUAACAAACUGAUGGUGGGUGGUGUGUUGGAGGUGAAGUUGACCAAACCACUACCUCUGUCUGUGGAUGACCAUGAAGAGAGCCUGCCCCCAGGGAAUUUCUACACCUCAAGGGGCUUCUGGCGGAAGCUGGAAGGAGAUGAGUUCUGGGAAAAAGGGAGGGAUACCUCAUCAGAGAUUAAAAAUGUGGUAGGCCCAUUGACUUACCCACCACCGAAACCGCAACGGACGUUUCGGUAUCAGGGAGCAGACAGAACCUCAGCAAAUUUGGUCCAGUGGGAUAGCAGGACUCCAUCUGCCAAUCAGUCCAACACCAAGAGCAGUGGGAUAGCCCACACACCACCUAGCUUCCCACCACCCAAGUGUCCUGCCAGCCAUGGGAAUGGGUUCUCAAGACACAGAAAGAAUAGGAAGUCCUUUGAGUUUGAGGAUGUGGUGCAGUUGACGGCAGAACAGUAUAAACUGGGAAGUGAGGCCCGGCGCUCGGGGCUGCACCAUGCCUUCUCUGAUGACAACAUUUAUGAGGACAUUAUCUCGGAACCCCUGACUAGAAACAACCCCUAUGAGAACGUCAAGUUGUCUCCUACUGGGUGUCUUCCUAUUGGACGUCCCAGACCCUGGUCUACAGCACAGAGCCCUUGCAGACCUACGCUUAGUCCCAAGCCUCUCAGGUUGAAGGUGGAGAGCAAAGAGUCACUUUCAGCAACACUACCUGCCCCUAUCUACCCUCCAGAAGCUCCCCCAAGACCUGCCUUACCAAAGCGACCCAUCACUACCCACAAAACAUACAGGCUGCCUGAGUACCUCAACAAGAUUCAUGUAAUCUUUGAUGCCAAGCGAGGAAAGAAGAGAGUGAAAAGCCAGGCACAGGGAGGUUCAGCCCAAGAGGAGACCAGUGGAACUGAGAGUGACACAGAGGACAGUACUAAAGGAGGGACCAGACGCUCAGUCUAUGUCCAGUCCACCCUGAAGCGGAGGCCAGGCUACCGCACCCUGGAGAGGGACUUAAUCCAGCUCCAACAACAACAGCUUUUUCAGCUCUUUGUGGUGGUGUCACUCCGAAAGAGUUCCCCCGGAAACACCUACUCCCCUGAGAUCACACAACAGUUUCCUAAUAAGUUUGAGAAGUCUUCUCUUCACUCCCGUGAAGCUGAAGACCGGCUGAAGGCCAUCCCUAAGUUUUGCUUCCCAGACUCUCAGGACUGGCUUCCUACUGGAGACCAGCCAAGUGAAACCUUCUCAUUUGUCUUGACUGGGGAGGAUGGCAGUCGAUGGUUUUGCUAUUGUCGUAAGAUUAUGCCCAGUGGAAAGGGUAAGAGACUGCCUGAAGUUCACUGCAUUGUAAGCCGGCUGGGCUGCUUCAACCUGUUUGCCAAGAUCCUGGAGGAGGUGGAGAGGCGCAGGGAGAUCUGUCCUGCCCUGGUAUCCCCCUUCAUGCGUAGCAUCAUGGAGGCCCCUUUCCCUGCCCCGGGCUGCACUAUCACAGUCAAGAGCUUUCUCCCAGGCUCAGGAAAUGAGGUGCUGACGCUGUGCCGGACGGUGGACUCGAGGCUGGAGCAUGUGGAGUUUGAGGUCCUGCUGCAGUGCCUGAGUGUGGGGAGACUCCUGCAGGUCUUUGCUUCUCUGCUGCUGGAGAGGAGGGUCAUAUUCAUCGCUGACAAACUCAAUGUGUUGUCUCGUUGCGGACAUGCCGUGCUAGCGCUGCUCUACCCGUUCACCUGGCAGCAUACAUUUGUGCCAGUGCUGCCUGCUAGCAUGCUGGACAUUAGCUGCUCUCCCACUCCUUUCCUCCUGGGUGCGCUGACACCCUGUCUGCCCGAGCUGCUGGAUCUCCCCAUUGAGGAGGUGCUUAUUGUGGAUUUAUGCGCAGACAGGUUUGUCAAACAGAUUGGUGAUGAAGACUGUAUCUUGCCUAGUAAGCUUCAGGCUGCACUGCAGCAGAUCCUGGAGGAGAGAGAGCAGAUACUCUGUCAGGAUGGAGACUGCACAGGAGACCAGCAGUGUGAUUUAAGCUCCCUGGUGUCAGAGGCCUUUGUAUGUUUUUUUGUGGAGCUGGUGGGCCACUACUCCCUCCACAUGGGUGAAAGCCACACCAGCGGGACAUGGGAGCUGCAGAGAGAGAGCUUCCGUAAGUCCCAUCCCUCCCGCGGGGCCCGUCAGUUCUUGCAGCUCUUCAUGGACACACAGAUGUUUGCCGGCUUCAUCCACGACAAGGAGUUGCGAAAGGGAGGGGGUAAAGGCCUUUUUGAAGUUAGAGCUGUAGAGUAUCUGGCCUCAAACCCUGAGCCUGAAGCUGGAGGAUUUCUCAAAGGACUCAAGGGACUGGGGAUGAAAUUUCUACAGAAGAAGUAUGUUUAAAUGUACUUGUAAAUAUUCUAGAAGUUACAGGAUGUCAGCGCCCUGGUCUAAUAUGCUUCUAUAGAAGAGGAUGAGAAUCAUCUAUUUGAUUGGACCGAAACCUUGAAUUUGUAAGAGCAGCAGAUAAGUUAUUUUUGGGAAAAUGUCUGUAAAGCCUAAAUGGUUUGACCUAUUUUAAAUGGUUUGACUUAUUUUAAUAGUUCUUAAUAGCACAGACACUCAGAAAAAAUGCUUUUGGACGAUCACAAGCAUCAUAGGAAUCGUCUGCAGUUGUCAAAUUCACAGUAUUAGGAGUUUGGGAAAAAGGGGAACUCUCAAAAACAUGAACAUUAUGCCGGUUUUGAUCGAAGACGUCCACAAGGUUCACAGAACUUGUUAAAAAUAUUAUGCUGUUAAUAUGCUAUUAGGCUUUGUUGAUUGAGUCACUCCAUGUAUAAAAAUGAGUAAUGUAGAAUAUAUACAGUGCCUUCAUUAUUGUCUUUUGGCUCUAUAUACAGUACUCUGCAGUGGACAUUCAAAUUCAAGCCAUUUAUCUUAGCAGUAAGUUUUUGUUGUUGAGAAAAACAGUAUUUAACAUUGAAAUAAUACAAUAAUGAAACGUUUUUAAAAUUUCCUUAACUAGGUAAUAUUUCCUUGGCAUCUUGCUUAGAAUGCAAAACUAAAGCAAUUUGUUUUUGUGGUAAUAACAUUUAUUUUUUAUUCUGCCAAGCUUCUAACAGGAUUUGCAAUAACUUUUUUUGACUGAUGCUGCUUUUUGUGUCAGCUUUUUGUUCUACCUGAUUUUAGGGCUCUGAGGUGGCCAAUCCAACAAACUCUACAUUAAACUCUACAUCUGACAUACUCUAGUCUCACAAACUUUACAUCUGACAUGCUGCUGUCUUUGUGAACAAAACAUUUUAUAUCUACAGUUGCAUACUGCCAUUUCUUGCCUUUCUGCAACAUUGGUGUUUUAGCUGCAACAUACCCUACAAGGCCAUUUCUUGAAAUACUACUUCUCAUGGUCAAAGCCUGUACUUUGCCAGAUAACUGCCAGAUGCUGAGCAAGCACUUCACAGGAAUUCCUUCUCUCCCUCAAGGAAGUGACCUUUAAUUACUUUUCAUCAGGUGCAGACAGCUUUUUGGGUCUUCUACCUGUCUUCAGCUUGCCCAGUUACUUCAUAUUUGUUUAUGACGUAUCUUCGUGCCAUUUCACAAGAUAUCAGUUACCUUUUGGAUAACACUAGAUAAUUAUUAUUUGUUGCAUUCAUGUUUAUUUGUAUUAAUUUUAAUGUUAUAUAGUUAUAUCUAACGUAUUACUGCACAGUUAAAUGGCUUUAAACAGUUUUCUCAGGAGUAAGAAUUUUGCAUAGUAUGUUUACAUAGUUUGGAUUUACAAUCAAACAAAAACUAUAAGCUUACAUUAACAGCAAACAGAAAUCAUUAAAAAGAAAAAAAUUACUGUUGUUGUUGUUUAGCAGUCUGAAAGUUAGUCCUCUACCUUGUAAGCUCACCAUACUGAAAAAAAGUUAAUGUCAAACAGAUCAGAAACACUUUCCAGGAGAUGGUCGAGGAUGUCAGUCACUACCUUCUACACAUAACUUCACUAACUGAACUAUUGUGGCUACACUGCAUGGUGCAGACCAUUAGUUACCCUCAAAAAUAAAAGGGCCAGGUUACAGUUUGUUCAAGAAAGUACCUAAAAGAGGCUGUCGAGUUCUGUGAACAAGCUCGGGAAUGUAAAGCUGCUCCUGGAACUGGAUUACUUGUCUUCAUUGAUGAUGUAACUGCUGACAGCAAAAACAAGUACAGAACAAUCCUGUCUGCUAAAGUGCAAAGACAUGCCUCCAAACUCAUUGGACAGGAUAUCAUCAUAUAGCAAGACAAUGACCACAAGCUUUCUGCUAUAGCAACAAGGGUUUUUUCAGGGCCAAAAUGUUAACUUGUCAAUCUGCAGCUUUCAUUUGCUAAAGAUGAGGCUUGAGACAAAAAUAUCUCAAAUCAAAUUUAAACUGAAGUUGGCAGCAGUACAGGCCUGGCAAAGCAUCACAAGAGAUGAUACACAGCUUCUGGUUGGAUCAAUAGGUUGCAGACUUCAGGCAGUUAUUGCAUGCAAAAGAUAAGCAACCAAUUACUAAACAAAAGUGCUUAAUUUAACAUCUUAUGGUGUCGUUAAAAUGGAAAUAAAAAUAAUCUAAAUGGUGAUUCCAAUAAGUACACAAACAUUCUUAAAUAAAUGCUAAAAAUCUACAUUUCAGCCUCAUAGUAAUUGUUUGACAUCAAAUCUAAACUUUUGUGGUAUAGAGCCAAAAGAAAAAAUGAUUUACUCUCUCAAUAGUUUUAGGGGUCAUUGAAGGAAAGGCUCUUCAAACCAAUUUCAUAUUUCCUUUUGAUGUAUUUUUCUUUGUCUUUUUUUGCCAUGCAUGAAUGUUUAUUUUUUGUAUACCUAAAUGGGUCCUAAAAUUCCAAGUCAUAAAACUAAAUGGGCCAUCUUUUGUCCAAUUUUUAAAAUGCUAUAUGUUCACAUAUCUUUAUUGCCAACUAGACGCAUACACUUCUUUUUUUAAAGUAGUCCAAGCCGGAGUAAAGUGCAAUUGUAAUUGGAGAAAAACUGGAAAUGUACAUUUAUGUGCAAUGAAGUUUAAAUGAAUGACUUUUGACAUGUCAGAUAUAAGGCAGGUGCAAACACUGUGUACAUGUGAAACACACAACAUUUCAGGUAUAAGACUUGCUAAUUUAUGCAAAUGUGUCAUCUUAAAUUAACCUAUUUGUUGUAUUGUAUAAUGUUUGGAUUUAGCCAAGUAUUUUAAGUGUUUGUUCUCAGUAUUAUAGAUGAACUGUAGGUUUUUGCUUUGGAUAUUGUGUCUAGUUUGAAGAAAAUGCUUGAUAUCCUUUAGGACUCAGUUACAAACAUUAUAUUUUUAUUUAAUUUUUUAUUGGGAUUUAUGUAUAUUGUCAUUUACAUUUUGUUGUCCCUGAUAAACGUUCCUAGUAAUUUUGACAAACAUUCCAAGUAAUGGAAACUAGGAUAAUAGUUAUAAAAAGACAUUUUGAAAUGUUCUGUUAGAUGACCCUGUAAGCUUUUACUAUAAAUAAUAUGAAUCUCAA